GAACACCAUUUAACCAUGAAGUUCCACCUUGUGCUGGCCGUCGUGCUGUGCUCCAUCACCGCAUCAUUGUGUUCAGAGGAAGAACAAAUAAGUUCCGCAAACAUGUCGAGCAUUGCGAUUGCCAAAAAAUUGAUAGAGAAAAGCAGCAUUCAGUGUUUCCUGAAUUGGCUGUCGAGGCUGGGGAAAAAUGCAGGUACAUUUACUACUGAUUUGGCUGCUUGUACCACAGGAUAUGGCGAUAAAUCGGCGAGCAUCUUGACGGCCUUCGUAUCGAUUGCCACCAAAGUCCAGCCCAUUGUGACAGCCUGUGCGGGCAUAAUCGCAAAUGCAGUUAUUGGUGGGCUAUUUUGUAUCAAAGAAAUAUCAUUUAAGGCCUUGCCUUUGGUUCGAGCACUGAAACAGUUUCACGAUGCGUGCUCCGGUGAGCCACGAAAUGCGACGCAGUGCGCGAAAAACUCGUUCAAGAAAUUCUUUUCAGUUACAAGUGUCUACGAAAUCAUCGAUAGCUGCUUAUACCCGGAGAAAUGCGCUGAAAAUUGCGAAUUCUCGCACAACAAAUCAAUGUGGUAAUGGUUUAUAAAAUGGUUUAAUUUAUGCCCCGUGGAGUGCCAAUUCACCAUGAAGAUCCAACUCGUUCUGGCCUGUGUUUUUCUUUGUUUUUACAUCACUGAAUCGGUAGAGGCAAAUCGGUAAAAGUCUUUAUAAUGAUCCAUAGCUUAUUCCUGAUCCUUUGCAGUUGGCAGAUGAGGAGCGAAUAAAUGACAACCCUUGAAAUUGCCACGAAAAAUGGCGAAUGU